AAAGUCAAUUACCGCGCAGUUAGCACAGCUACCGAGGGACAAAAAUAUUUGAAAAGUGGGUUGCGCCCCGUCGAUGCUGUUGGGCGAUGGUACUGCGCUUUAAUCGGUCAGGAGUCCCUUCGAACUGUUAGCGGAAAUUUCUUAGGUCGCGGCCCUGAUGAAAAGGACUAAUGGUCAUGACAGCCAGGGGACAGAAAAUUCUACUAAGCUCGAAGAACUGCGAGUGCUGGAUUCGGAGCUGAGUAGUCUGAAAAAGGGCGCCAGGGUGUACGUGCAGCAGCCUAACAGCCAGGUGUUCUUCCUGAGCCGGCUGCCCGAGAUCCGCUCCUCCGUCAAGCAGCAGCUGGCCGAGCAAACCGCGGGCGCCAAGGAGCAGCUGACCCAGCAAACCACGGCCGCCAAGCAGCAGCUGACCCAGCAAACCGCGGCCGCCAAGCAGCAGCUGACAGAGCAUACCACGGCCGCGAAGCAGUCAUGAACAAGGAGAUCGUCCGUUCGAACCAGUGGCUGAUGGAGACGCUGGGCACUGCCGACGUGCCGGCCUACGAGGUCGACAAGCGUACGCUGGCCCUGCUGCAGCAGCUGCAGCGCACCGUCGAGGUCAACGAUGCGAGGGCGCGCGCGCUGACGGCGCACCUGCGCCGUGCGCGCGCCGA